UGGUGAUCAUGUGGGUAAGUGGACGACGAUCAGCGAUGAUACAUCGAAUGGCAGCUGGGAGUCUACAGCUCACUCCUCCCCCUACUAACAGCUUCAAAUUUCCAAGAAGCAGGAUUUUUGUUUGUAGUGACGGCUGAGGGAAGCAGCAAACACUCUAACCGAUAGCGUUGACUGCCAGGGGCCUGUCCAUUUCCAAUGAAUGAAUGGCUGAGCUAAAAAUCCGUUAUUUUCAUUCAUGGCAGACCCGCCUUCAAUAUUAGUAUGCAAAUCAAAACAUCGUUUGCAUUGCAAACAUCCAAUGAUCCUCCCCCCCCCGCCCAGAAAUAAGUUACUUGACGUAAACAAUGAACUGUUCAGUGAGCCCUAAACAUGCACAGUGACCGAACAGGUUGGGGUCCGAGCAAAUAUGGCGCCUGACGUCGUGCCAGCGUCGCUAUGGCAACUGUAAACAGCGAGCGCCAGCGCGUGCGCAUGCGCAGCUCGGCGGGCGGAGGGAGCGCGUUGCGAGCGGGAGCAGCGCUGAGAUAGAUAUACGUUUCCCGAAGAAAGCCGUCGCCAGAUUAAACUACAGACAACCCUCUUGGAAUCUGCAUACAAGAUGAAACUUCGUGAGGAUCUAUUGGAGCCAGUGACUGAGCAUCAUGUCUUCAAGUGAAGUCUGCACCAGUUGUCUGAGUAAAUGUUCUGGCUAAUUUUUAACCACAGAUAGCAUGACAGUGAAAAGAUAAAAGGAAAUGUUGCAGCCAUAUUGGACACCAUCACCAGUCACACAGAAGCAAAUCUUUCGAGGAACUGAAAUGGUCAGUUCAUAACUGUGGCUAAUAGUUAUGUUACUGUUACAACAGCACAACAAUAGCUGUGGGAUCAAGGACAACAUGGCUGGUGGCAGCUGUCCCAAGGACAUUGCUUCUGAGAAACAGGAUGAAUCCGUUCAGAGUCUGGAAAGGAACAGUUUGAAACAAAAUUUCAAAUCACAAUGUAAUGAAGCCAAAAAGACAAACAAGUCAUCUGAGUCAUGGAUGACAAAAGAGGUAAAACUCUACAAGUCUCAAAGGAUUGCACCGGAGAUAAAUUGCAAUCGAGUGAAAAAUUGCAAACUCCUUGUGGAGAAAGCAAUUAAGCUGAAAAAGAUAUUUACCAUCUUUGGGCCAUAUCCAGUGAUCAGACAAUGUCUGCGAAGCAGGGGCUGGCUAGAGAAGAGGAUGCCCAAGCCACCAAAGAGCCUUCAGAAAAAGGAGAGGAUAAUCUUUAUGGAAAAUGAUGUAGAUGAUGGAGUUGGUGACUCUGAUGGGUGUGAUUCUGAUGACAAAACGAGUGAUGAAAAAGACCUCUCUGAUGAUCCAGAUAACAUUCAUGACAUUGUGUCUCGACUAUUGAAAAAUGAAAUGCCAUGUUUUCUCUGGACAAAUGGAGUUGAUGGGUAUAACCUGCAAAAAGAUCAGAUUUUCAACCAUUUUUCAGGGGCUGGUUCCUUCACUACAAAGGCUGGACUUUGUGUAAAUCUCAGGAACUUUCAGUGGUUUAGUGGGGUGAAUCCAAACAGUUUUUUCCCAAGAUGUUACAGAAUUGCAGUGGAAGAGGAGAAGCAAUCUUUCAUUGAGGAUUUCAGAUUGACUGCAGCCCGAAGUAUUCUGAAGUGGGUUGUACAGCUGAAGAAAGCAAAUCAUUGUUUGCAAAGGGACCAAGAAAACAGAGAGGUGUCUUCUGCAAAAGAAGCUUUUCAAAGACAGGUUCAUAAUAAAGGUGGAGUUGUUUCUGUUAAGCUUAUUGAGACAGCACUCCGUGCCUGUGAAGAGUAUUUAAAUACCAUGGAUCACAAAGAUAUUGAUGUGAGUCUAGACACACCUCCAGCAGUAACAGAAAAGUGCUGGGAAGAUACUAUCCAGCAGUACUACCAGGUCAUUCAUGAGGGAGCAACUAUUCAAAAUUGGAAUAUUUAUGCCGCGUUGUGUGAAAAUAUGCUGCAGCAACUACAGAAGGUGAAUGCACAGCUGCAAAUUGAAGGAAUGCGUAAUAUCUGGAUAGUGAAACCUGGAGCUCAGUCUCGUGGCAGAGGGAUCACUUGCAUGGACCGAUUGGAGCAGAUCAUGAAACUAGUUUACGGCCAGCCAACUUUCAUUGCAGAUGGCAAAUGGGUAGUGCAGAAAUACAUUGAACACCCAUUGCUUAUUUAUGGGACAAAAUUUGACAUGCGCCAGUGGUUCCUAGUAACAGACUGGAAUCCUGUGACUAUCUGGUUCUACAAGGACUGUUACCUGCGCUUUUCAACCCAAGCAUUCUCCUUGGAGAAUCUGGACACAUCGAUUCACUUGUGUAAUAACUCAAUCCAAAAACAUUAUGUGGCCUCCUCCAGUCGCCACCCUUUAGUUCCUAAAGAUAAUAUAUGGUCCAGUAACCAGUUCAAGGAAUACUUGAAUCAAUGUGGUUUUACAAAUACCUGGGAGGAUAUCAUCUCCCCUGGCAUGAAGAAGGCAAUUAUAAAUACCAUGCAGAUAAUGCAGGACAUUGUGAAACCUCGGAAAAACAGUUUCGAAUUGUAUGGAGCUGAUUUCCUGUUAGGGGAGGACUUCAACCCAUGGCUGAUUGAAAUUAAUUGUAGCCCCACCAUGUCGCCCUCAACGCCAGUGACAGCGGCAUUGUGCAGCAGUGUCCAAGAGGACACUAUUAAAGUUGUUAUCGAUCGCAAGCUUGAGAAGACAUGUGGCACAGGACAGUUUGAGCUGUUGUAUAAACAGAAUACAACAAACAUCCCUCUGUACCUAGGAAUAAAUUUGCUGGUUGAAGGAUCAGGCAUCAAGAAACCACCGGUAUUUACUCAGAGCUCUGGAAUACACAACAACUUCCAGGUCUCCCAAGCUCUGCAAAAACCUAAUACUGCCAAAGCACAGAUCGGCCAAAAUUCCAUCAAUUAUGAUGGAACCAGUUCAGCCAGUACUCGAAAUGUCAAAAAUAAAGAUGAUUCUAAAGUAGUCAUCAAUCCAAGCAAAACAAAAUGUUCAUUAACUGACCGAAAACAUGAAUUUUCAGAUCAUCCUAUUGCUUCUAACGAUUCCAUGAAUGCAAGGAAUUCUUUUAUUCUUUUCAAUUCCGGCAAUGGAAAAAAUUCUAUAAAUCCCAAUCAUAACAAUAUUGCAAAAGUUCCACUGAAACUCACUCAUUCCUGUGAUGUAAAAUACCCCAAUAAUUCCAAUAGUGCAAACCAUUGCAUAAUUCCCCAGAACCCCAACGAUGCUAAAAAUUUAUCUCGCAAGAAUUCCGGUGUUGCCAAACAUACAUCAAACUUUGUUAAUUCUGACAAUGCAGAGGAUAAUUUAAAUACUAAUUCCAGCAAUACAAAAGAUACAAUAAAUGUUACCAGUUCCAGUAUCACAAAUGAUGAAUUGAAUUCCAAAAAUUACACUACUGCAAACAGUUCUGCCAAUACUAAUACUUCCAGAAUUGCAGGAAAAGCAUCAAAUUCCACUGAUCGUGCUGAUAUGGACAGUCAGUUACAAGCCAUUAACCCAAGCAUUACAAACAAUUCUCCAUUUCCCACUCAGACCAGCAAAACCAAAUACCUUAUUAAUUCUAAUAAUUCAAGUCAUGCAGGUAAUAUAGCUCCCAAACAUAUUAAUUCAAAGAUGUCCAACACUUCUCAGGAUUCCAACAAUAUCCUCCAAGACUGCAGCAGACCCAAUCAUAAUAGCAAAGGGAAAACUCACAACAAUUCCAAACACAAUGGUAAGACAAAGAAUUUGCAUGUUUCCAAAUAUUUCUGCAAAACAAGAAAUAAUGUUAGUUACAAUAAGAUGGCAAGUGUUUUAAGCAAUUAUAGUGUUCUGAGCUCAAGUGUUGCCAAGGCUUGGGAUGACUUGGAGGAAGUGAGAAAUAACAUUGUCGACGCAACUCAGGGUGGUAAAACUGAAAACAUUACCAAACUUCACUUUGUUGACAAAGUGGAACAGCAAUACGAAAUGCCAAAGCUGAGCAAGACAGGACGAAACAGGGGAACUGAAAAGCACCAUUUGCCAACAAAGACCACAUUCUCACAAGUGAGCACAUCUGUGAACCAUUCCCUCUUUCCUGGUCAACAGUUACUCAGAAACCCCCUCCAGGUAAAGUUGAAAUAUUUAAGCUUAGACCUGUUGGACCUGAAAGAUAAGAAACAUUCGAGAGCUUCAACUACUGUAGAUGCAAACAAAAUCAGAGCUCUCCAUGAAAAGUCUAUUCCUUUGCGUUACUCGUACAAUACAUCACGGUCACAAUCAGAGGACACUAAUAUUCCACAGCUUCAUAUUACUGGUUUACAGACUCAGUUUAAAGCUUCAAGUGACAACAGCAAAAAGUACAUUGAGACCCAGCAUAAUGCAACCAUCAAUCUAAUGAACAGGCAUCUGCUAACAAGUUAUUUUCCACUCUUUCAGUAACUAUUGCUGUGCUGGUCUAUCCUGUCCAGAACAAGUAUGGGGCUCCUUUAUUCAUCUAAGUACUUGUCCUUUCCGGUGCUUCCAAUCACUCAAGGUCCAUUCCAACAAACCUUUUGCACUGCUUCCAUUAAAGGAGGACUUUGCUGAUGGAUCCUUGCCAAAUCAUUCACCAGAACAAGGGCAAUGCAUUCUGCAAAUUCCCAUAGAAAAUGAUUCUCCUUGGAAUAUAUUUAUUUUUACUUAGCUUUAAGAAUGUUAAUCUUAUUGAACAUUGACAUUAUUAGUAGUUGUUUUUGAAAAGCCAUUUUGUGUUUUUUGAAAAAUAGUGUUUUGUAAUAGUUUAAAAGAUAACUGCUCAUCUCAGGUGACGUAUUUGUAUCUGUGCAUUUGAAAGUCUUUGUAAUAAUGAAUGAAUCAG